CAGUACCAAGGAUCCACAAAACAUGGGCGCUGACCCCACGUGUUAGAACUUACUACAUACAUUCUUCACGACUUUUUCUUUACCGCGGCCUGGCAAUAAGGGUUGUUUUUUUCUGUCGAAUAAUCGCCAAUUCGGGCGCGUGAUUGUAAUGCCUUCUUAAUGUGAAGGGCAAGAAAAUUUGUAGAGCGAGUAUUUGGUUUAGUAGUAAUAAUAAUAUUAAUAAUAAUAAUAGACGGAUCGUACAUAUACACAUUCUUCAAGGGAAUUUUCCCAAUGUUGCGUUCAGCCACUUAUAUUUUAAUCAGCCGGGUCCUUCGUGUCAAGUCUUAGACAAAAAAGUUGCUGCUAACCAUUAGUACCAACCUUUGCCAGUUGUUGUCCUGUUCCAUGUUGCCAUUGCCGUCAUUUCACAAUUCCACACAACUGCACUUCUGAUUCCAUGCGUGAUUAAUUUUUGGGAGUUUCUUCUGCAUUUUAUGCUUUUCUCGAAGCAAUUAAAUACAGAUCGCUUUUCUAAAUUGAAAAUCCUUGAUAGUAAUAGACAGGUCGUAUCAAAAUGCCGCUGUCUUGCAGAUUUUAUAAAGAAAAAUAUCCAGAAGUGGAUGAUGUAGUAAUGGUCAAUGUACGAAGUAUUGCUGAGAUGGGCGCAUACGUCCAUCUUUUAGAAUACAACAAUAUAGAAGGCAUGAUUCUAUUAUCGGAGCUUUCAAGAAGACGUAUCAGAUCAAUUAACAAGUUGAUUAGGGUCGGAAAAACUGAACCCGUUGUAGUUAUUCGAGUCGAUAAGGAGAAAGGUUACAUUGAUUUGAGUAAGCGAAGAGUGUCAGCAGAAGAUGUGGAAAAAUGUACAGAACGUUUUGCCAAGGCUAAAGCUGUUAAUUCAAUCCUUCGUCAUGUAGCUGAACUUCUAAAUUAUGAAACUGAUGAACAAUUAGAGGAGCUUUACCAAAAGACUGCUUGGCCAUUUGAAGAGAAACUGAAGAAGAAGGCAUCAGCUUACGACUUCUUCAAACAAGCUGUUUUAGACCCAAGCAUUCUCGGCGAUUGUGGUUUGGACGAUGAAGCAAAAGAAGUUCUUCUCAACAACAUUAAACGAAAAUUAACAUCACAAGCUGUUAAAAUACGAGCUGACAUUGAAGUAGCAUGCUAUGGGUAUGAAGGAAUUGAUGCUGUCAAAACUGCUUUGAAAAAAGGCUUGGCUUGUUCCACAGAAGAACUGCCUAUUAAAAUAAAUCUCAUUGCACCCCCAUUAUAUGUAAUGACAACAUCAACACCAGAAAAGCAAGAUGGAUUAAAAGCACUGCAGAUAGCUAUAGAGAAAAUAGAAGCAUCAAUAACGUCUCUGGGAGGGGUAUUUCAAAUUCAGAUGGCUCCAAAAGUUGUUACUGCCACAGAUGAGGCAGAAUUGGCCAGACAAAUGGAGAAAGCAGAAGCUGAGAAUGCUGAAGUUGCAGGUGAUGAUGACGAGGAAGAAAUUGAAGGCCAAGUGUUCAGCGGUGGAGAAGAAGGAGCAGUUGAUGGUGCUGAUGAACAAGAAGAUGGAGAAGAAUAAUUUAUGUGUUAACAUAUUGGAUUAUGUUUGAUAUUGAAUAUAUUUGGAACAUUGUAUUAUCUGAAGACUGGUAAGAUAAAGCAAAAGAUAAUAUGCUGCUAUUUUGUGGUUCCAUUGUAUUAGCUUGACAUUUUUAAGAAUAAUUAUAAUACAUAAAAGGCCAUUUGGUUUUCUUCAUUCUUAAUAACAUCCGUAUUGAGAAAACUGGUCUUCUCUCUUUGCAGAACCAAUAUCUAACGAACUGAAUAUAUUAGAGAGAGCUCAAUGUACAAAGAAAAUUUCUGGGAAACUUCUUAGCAACAUUACAAGAAACAAGAAUUCAGGUGUUACAUGACAAUUUUACAUUAAUCAAUAAAAGCCUCUUCUUUUUUUCUUCAAAUAUUUGCAAUGAAUUGUUUUAACUAUGUUGUAUGAGUUUCUUUCUUCAAUCAACACUAAUCAAGCUUUUGUGAUUUCUGCACCUAACUCUUCAGUUUCACAUUGGUAUUUGGUGAAAAUUCAUAUAGAUUUUGAUAGCACAUCAGGAGAUAAGCACAUUCUGUUUUUCACAAAUUUUUCUAAAUCCAAAGUGUCGAAUACUUCCAGAUUAUAACACAUAGUAUGAAUGACUUACAUAUAAUCAAAUAGUUUGAUGAUAAUAACCAAAUAUUAAAAAAUCAAACUAUAUUUUAACAAAUAUUUCCAGAUUCAUUUGAGGUACAUAUUACACAUCCAAAAAAGAAAUCAAAUAUUCUUUAUUCAACACUAAAAUUCAUUUCAAUUUUGAAAUAAAGUAACAUAAACUACUUUUUUUAGCAGCAAAGAAUUUUCAAUAAACCAAGGAUACUUGUCGUUAAAGUACAGGAAUUAAAUCUCUGAAUUUGAGUCUACUAAAUCACAUUCAGGAGCCAGCUCAAUUGUGUUGUAUUUUAGUUCUCUUCUAGUUAUCCAUAAAAUCUGCCUUGAAUGGUGUGUUCUUGAGUUUGGUCAUUACAAUCAUAACCUACUCUUAAUUCCAUUCAACAUAAUUAUAUCUAUGAAAAUAUUGUACUUGAAACUUGAAAGCCUACUUUGAUUGAAUUUUAAUUUAGUCAAUUUAAAAACUAAUUUUCUGAGUAACAGUUUAGUUACUUGUGUUCAUAUUUCAUAAAAAUAGAGUCAAUUAUAUUAGCAAGUGAAUAAAAAAGAAUUUUAAAGACAGCUACUCUCGGCAAGUAUCUAUAAUCAUAUUGUAUAUAAGGAAUUAGAGGAGAAUAAUACGAGAGACAACAGAGUCACAAAUGAAAUAUAGAAUGGUUCAGAAGGAGAAAGUGAAAAUGAGAACGCCAAUUGUGCAGCAAUGCACAAAUAGAAGAGAUUGAAUGCAGCAGAAAUCGUAUUGCUACGCCCAGGAUACUUAUUCAAUAGGAAUACAGAGACCUAGUAGUUGACUUAAUAACAAUUUUUUUCUUUCUUCGAACUAUGAGCAGAUUGUGGAUUUUUUGAGAGGAUUUUCUUAGAUUUCAAAUCAAUGUGCACUGAAUUACAUUCCAAAUUCUUCUGACUGAGAUUAUGGUUAGCACAAAUGGUUAAGUGUUGGAGACCUUAUGUUUGAAUUCUGGCUUCUUUAAUAUUUUUGUUCUUGAACAUUGAAAUGUUGUAGUACACAGAAUUAAAUGUCA